AUGUCAGAAAACUUGCCUAGAUCUGAUGAUCUAGAUGCCACCUGGAAUUUCAUUCAACCAGGUAUCGAUCAAAUCCUGGGAAAUGACAGUACUGAAGUAACAAAUAAAAAGGUACAGAAAAUUUUAUCACCAACAAUGUACAUGGAAAUAUACACAGCUAUUUAUAAUUACUGUGUUAAUAAAUCUCGAUCAUCAGGACAUUUCAACGCUGAUAGACAACAAUCUGGAAGUUCUGGCCAAUCAUCUAUAUUAGUUGGCAGUGAGAUAUACGAAAGAUUGAAAAAGUAUCUCAGACAUUACAUAUCGAACUUUAAAAAGGAUAGCAACGAGACAUUCUUACAAUUCUAUGUUAGAAGGUGGAAAAGAUACACUAUUGGAGCAAUCUUCCUUAACCAUGCAUUUGAUUAUAUGAAUAGGUAUUGGGUGCAAAAAGAAAGAAGCGACGGUAAAAGGCAUAUUUUUGAUGUAAAUACACUUUGUUUGAUGACAUGGAAGGAAGUUUUAUUCGAUCCACACAGUGAUGAACUUAUUACUGAAAUUCUUGAUCAGAUUACUGCUGAGAGAAAUGGCGAGAUAAUCCAAAGAGAUCAUAUAACAACCUCAAUCAAGUCACUGGUGGCCUUAGGUAUUGAUCCUCAAGAUCUAAAGAAGUUGAAUUUGAAUGUUUACAUACAAGUCUUCGAAAAAAAAUUCUUGAAAAAGACAGAAACUUAUUACCAACAAUAUUCAGAAGAUUAUUUAACAACUCAUUCAGUUACAGAAUACAUUUUCAAAGCCCACGAAAUCAUAUCUCGUGAGGAGAAGGGAAUGGCCAUGUAUUGGGACGAUCAUACCAAAAAACCAUUGUCCGAAACUCUAAAUGAGGUAUUAGUUAAGAGUCACAUUGAAAAGCUCGAAUCCGAAUUCAUUGUCUUGCUAGAUUCUAGAGACAAUAGUAAAAUAUCAGCUCUUUACAGUUUGAUAUUGCGUGACUUUUCUCUUCUCCCCAGGUUGGCUAAUGUUUUUGAAGAAUACAUCAGAAAAAGUGGAGAAAAUGAAGUUUCCCAAUUAAUAUCUGCACAUAAGGCUGCUGUAAUGGAAGCUUCUGCUGAUGGAAAUGGUACUAAAAAGAUGGCAAUGGCAACGACACAAUCUUUACCUCCAAAAGAUUACAUCAAAGCACUUCUUAAGGUCUACAAUACUUUUAAGAAUAUUGAUAGGGAAUGUUUUCCAACCGAUCCUCUAUUUGCAAAGGCUCUUGACAAUGCUUGUAGGGCAUAUAUUAACAUUAACGAGUUUGCCCUACCAAGCGGAUCUUCCAGAUCUGCUACAUCUAAAACUUCAGAAAUGUUAGCAAAAUAUAGUGAUCAACUAUUGAAAAAGUCAACAAAACCCGAAGUUGCAAAUGAUAUGAGUGAUGACGACAUUAUUACGAUAUUCAAAUUUAUUACCGACAAGGACGCAUUUGAAUCUCAUUACAGAAGAUUAUUUGCCAAGAGAUUAAUUCACGGUACUUCUACAUCAUCUGAUGACGAAGAGUCCAUUAUCAAGAGACUACAGACAGAAAAUAGUAUGGAAUACACUGGUAAGAUAACCAAAAUGUUUCAAGACGUUCGCUUAUCAAAAAUGUUGGAAAGCGAUUUUGAUGUUAUGAUUAAGAGUCAAAGUGACUACUCUAGGGAAAAGUUCCCAGAACUUCAACCAUUCGUUUUAGCAGAAAACAUGUGGCCCUUCUCAUAUCAAGAGGUGGACUUUAGGUUACCGGAGGAGCUUGUGGCAUCUCAUAAGAAGUUAGAAUCUAUGUAUAUUGGAAAGCACAACGGUAGAAUAUUGAAAUGGUUGUGGCCUUUAUGCCGCGGUGAACUAAAAGCAGAUAUUGGUAAGCCUGGCCGUGUUCCAUUUGUAUUCACUGUUACUUUAUUCCAAAUGUCCAUUUUGCUGCUUUUCAAUGAUAAAGAUGUGCUAACAUUUGAGGAAAUUCAAGAAGGCACUAACUUGAACAUUCAAAACAUUGCGUCAUCAAUGGUACCAUUCAUUAAAUUCAAGCUAGUUCAGCAAUUACCUCCGGGUUUAGAUAAUCUGGUAAAAGGUGACACACAAUUUAAAUUGAAUAGACCAUACAAAGCAGUAAAAACUCAAAUUAACUUUGCUGCAGGUGUGAAGAACGAUAUCCUAGGCACCAUAUCCAAGUCAUCAAAUUCAGUUAGCAACGGAGUUUCUGGUAUUUCCGAUGAAAAAUUGAGUGAGAGUGAAAAGAUCGAAAAAGAACUGAAUGCAGAAAGACAAAUGUUCUUAGAAGCAUGUAUUGUCCGUAUCAUGAAAACGAAGAGAAACCUACCCCAUUCUACGCUGGUCAACGAAUGUAUUGCGCAAUCUCAUCAAAGAUUCAAAGCUAAGAUCUCGAUGAUAAAACGAGCAAUUGACAGCCUGAUUCAAAAAGGUUACUUACAAAGAGGCGAAGAUGGAGAAUCAUAUACAUAUCUUGCAUAG